AGAUUAAAGGUGGAUUGAUACCCGAUAUUUUUCCGGACGAUCUGCCAGCAGGACUGCCACCCGAGCGCCCCCAGGACCACAAAAUUGACCUGGAACCCGGCGCGCAGCCUACAGUCAGGACCCAGUGGCGGCUGACUCAGCCGAGCUCACGGAGUUGCGAAGCCAACUGGACUACCUCUUGGAGAAGGGGUUCAUUCGGCCCAGCACCUCCCCGUUCGCAGCACCCAUCCUGUUCACGCCCAAAAAGACGCGGGCUGCGAAUGUGCAUCGACUACAGGGCGCUGAAUCGACGAACAAUCAAGUCCCGCUACCCAAUCCCACACGCGGACGAUCUUCUCGAUCAACUUCGCGGAGCUCGCUUCUUCUCGAAAAUCGACUUACGCGGCGGUUACCAUCAGAGUCUUCGCUGACGACUGCCACAAGACGGCGUUCC